AUGGACGGUCUCCACAAUUGGCAGCACCAGCCUUCUAAACAAUCGUCGUCGGGGCCCCCACCUUCUUCUAGAGCACCGCAGCAGCCCCAAUUCCCGCCAGCGUCUUCGUCGCAGCCUGCUACUCCUCGGAUGCUCAGAAACGCAUCGAGCUCGAUACGAGGAUCCAAGGAAAUGGACAUUUCGGGCCAGGAGGCAGAGAGAGAAGGCCAGCAGCACUCGAGUCAGAGUCUGGGUCAGGGCCAGGGCCAGAGCCAGAGUCACAGUCACAGUCACAGUCACGGCCACAGCCACCCUCCAAAGGAUCUCUUGCCGCCGCCAACAUUCUCGCCGCCUCCUUUGACGAAUAAACAGACUCCAGGAUCUGGCCACGAGCACAGACACAGCCAGCGUCAUCAUCAUCAUCAUCAGCAGCAGCAACAGCAGCAGCAGCAGCAGCAGCAGAAUCAGCAGAGUCAGCAGAGUCAGCAAGAGCAACAUCAGCAUAAGCAGAGCCAUUCCCAAAACCACGGGAACCACCAUGGGCUGCGUAACAACACCUCCAACAACAACCAGCAGCAGCAAUUCCACCGUAAAUCCAUUGGCGACUGGGACUUCAUCCGCACCAUUGGAGCUGGGUCGAUGGGUAAAGUCAAGCUAGCAAGACACAAUGCCACGGGAGAGAAGUGUGCGGUGAAAAUAGUGCCCAGAGCAGCAAAAUUGUACCAGCGGGCACAUGCCAACGAUCCGGCGCCAGCGCUGGCGGAAGAGGCUGCUCAGAGGCAGAAAGAAUUUGAGAAAGAGGUUGCUAGAGACAAGAGAACUAUUCGAGAAGGUGCUUUGGGAAGAUUGCUCUUCCACCCGCACAUUUGCAGGCUUUACGAGAUGGUGCCCAUGACAAACCACUACUAUAUGCUUUUCGAGUACGUGGAGGGCGGCCAGCUUCUAGACUACAUUGUUUCGCAUGGGUCCUUGAGUGAAAAGUACGCCCGCAAGUUUGCCAGAGGCGUGGCGCUGGCGUUAGACUACUGUCACAAGAACAACGUUGUGCACAGGGACUUGAAGAUCGAAAACAUCAUGAUCAACCAGAAAGGUGACAUCAAAAUCAUCGACUUCGGCUUGCUGAACUUGUACACCCCCAAGAGUCUUCUCAAGACGUACUGCGGGUCUUUAUACUUUGCUGCGCCAGAGUUACUUAGCGCAAAGCCAUACACGGGGCCCGAGGUCGAUGUAUGGAGUUUUGGUGUUGUUUUGUAUGUCUUGGUAUGCGGCAAGGUGCCAUUUGACGAUCCGGUGGUUUCUGUGUUGCACGAGAAGAUAAAACGUGGUAAUGUCGAGUACCCGUCUUUCAUCUCCAAAGAGUGCGUUUCGCUCCUUUCUCGAAUGCUUGUCGUGGAUCCUUUAAAGAGAGCUACAUUGCACGAGGUUAUCCAGCAUCCUUGGAUGAACAAGGGUUACGACUUUGCCGUCCCCAGCUACAUCUCCAAAAGAGCACCUUUGACAUUGCCGGUUGAUCCAGAGAUCAUCAAGACUAUCGCAACUCUUGAUUUGGGCUCGGCUCAGGCCAUUACUGAAGAGCUCAAUAACGUCAUUUCAAGCCCGGAAUAUCAGAUGAGUACGGAGCUUUGGUAUAAACACGCUAAGCAGGGACGGUCCUAUGUGCCUGGGCCGAACACUCAUAUGUUGCCAGAUCCCACGGGGGGAUUCAACCCAUUGGUUUCAAUCUACUACUUAGUUGAUGAAAUGAGGAAACGUAAAAAAGCAAAAGAGGAAGCUCUUCGGAACCAGUUGCAGAGCCAGCUUCAGGAAAGCGACUCAAAAUCUCAGGAGCAACAAGUGCAUCAACAAAUCAACCUACAACGUCAGCAACACAACACUCCGCAGAUGCUCUCGCCGCCUCUGGGUUCCCCAGCGCCACCUUCUCUGGCGCCUCCCAGACGAUCUGCGUCUGAACAUCAUCGGUCUCUGCUGCCGCAACCUCCACCCAAGCCGCCUCAGCAGAUUCCCACCUUGCAAUUCCCUGAACAGGCACACACGCCAAUGGUGCCCAGUGCAUUCAACAGAGACUCUCAACUGCCAGGACCCACCAAUGAAGACUCCGUACAGCAGCACAUGUUACUGCAACACAGCCCUCGAGAGUCUCUCAGCGAAGCUGACAACCAGAAGCUGGGGUUCAAUUCUCUCUUGCGGAAGUUGUCAGGCAAGAAGCAACAACAUCCACAAGGCCACACGUCUCCCACGAGAUCGGGCGCUUCUUCGCCUCAAAAGGACGAAACGACAAUGGCCCCUGUUUCGUUUGCGCCAGACACUCGCACGUCACAGGAUUCGAGUCGAAUGUCGCCGUCUUCAGCACAGAAACUGGGCAAAGCGGAUCCCUUGGUUCGUCGUGGUGUCAGUAUGAAAGUCACGGCGAAGGAGAAGUCGAGCGGCUCUCGGGUCAAUGUUCGAGAGAAAGAGCCACCUCGGCAAACGUUGGACCCCAACGCUGCAAACUACAGGGGACACGCAAGAACGGCAUCUACAAAUCGUGGAUUUGUGCCUGCUGAGUACUUGCCGCCAUUGCCGAAUCUCAACGCAGAAGAUGUUGUCAAGAUCGACAAGUCGAAGCCGGCAGAGAAGAAGUUUCACCCUACAGCAAGAGCCAAAUCUGUCGGGGGGCAUAUUCGCAAGGAUUCAGUAUUCAAAGGUAGCGACCAGCAUCCAGCGUUGCCCAAUAACAUGGCUGCACAAAAUAGCGACGAGGGCAUUGACCGCAACGAUGCCAUGUUUGAUGAUGUGAACCUUGAAGAUAAAGAGUUUGCCCAGCUUCCGCCAAUGACAGAGCAGCAGAUCGUGGACCAGUUCGCUCACGCCAGGCGCAACAGCAUGCCUUCCAUCGAAUAUCCAAAGACACUUUUCUUGAAGGGAUUUUUCAGUGUGCAAACAACGUCUACAAAGCCGCUUCCUGUUAUCCGCUACAACAUCAUCAAUGUGUUGACGAAGCUUGGAGUAAAAUUUCAGGAAGUAAAAGGCGGAUUUCUCUGUGUCCAUUCAGCGGUGCUUGCUCCUAAACCUACAGAGUCAGAAGAUGAGGCCAGCGCCAUCAUUGACGAGUACAGGCUGGACUACGACGAAGAGAAGAGACUCUAUGGCGAUGCCUUCUCCCAAUCUUCAGACUCGGUGCAAAAACAGGUUCCUGCAAGAACAAGAACACCGGAGCCAGAAACGCCAACGAUACAAACCCCUCAGCACAAUCGAACUCCUCUGAAUGCUUCGAGGCAGCCGUCCAGACAACCGUCGUUGCACUUGAACACCAAGAUGUUAUCUCCACAGGCGGGAAGCAACUACAAGGGCCACCAGAAGCUGAACUCCAUUGGUGGACAGGGCCACAGAAGAAAGUUCUCCAUUGGACAGUCUAUACUUAAUUCCUACAGAAAGAAGAAUGGCUCGCAAACGUUGAUGCCUCCCAACACGCCAGCUGCCGCCAGACUCAACAAGCUGCUCUUGGGCGCUGCCGACAUUGACUAUGACGAUCUCGACGAACAGACAAGAGCACAAUUGCAGCAGCUCACCGACGACGACUCUGUGGAUUCGUUGAAUGGCUUGAACCCUGGAGGAGGCAGCGACAUGCUUGUUUCGUCGAGAAUCGAGCAACGAGCCAAGCACCAGCGAUCACCUAGUGCAUCCAUGGGAGUCACCGAGGAAGAAGACGAGGACGAGCAUGGGGCGGUGGUGGAAAGACACCAAAGAAAGACGCCGUUGAAGUUUGAGAUCAAUAUCGUCAAGGUGCCUCUAGUGGGGCUCUAUGGUGUGCAGUUCAAGAAGACGCUAGGUAACACAUGGAGCUAUAAGAAUUUGGCCGGGCAGAUUCUCGAGGAAUUGAACUUGUAA